GGGCGCGCGGGGCCGGGGGCGGCCGCAGCCCUCGCCUCGCCGGCCUCCACGGGAAGCGCGGCGGCGGGAUGGGCGGCGGGGCGCGGCGCCCCCAGCCUGCGACCCCGCGGACCCUCCCCUCGGCGCGCAGCCUCCGCAGCCGGGGCUCCGCCGUGACUCCGGCACCGAGCCCCACUCCCGCGGGCUGCGCGUAGGGCGGCGAGCGAUCAGCGCCCUCCCGGGACCCGCCGGCUUCAGCCCCGGGCGCACGGCCGCCGAGCCGCCUCCGGCGGGGCCCUCCCGAGGCCCCGGAGCGGGGACCAUGAAAGUGAGGUCGGCCACCGGUGACGGAGAUGCGCUGUGUGUUGCAGAAGAGGAGCUGGCUGCUGACGACGAGGACAUGCCGUCCUUCCCAUGCACGCAGGAGGGCCGGCCGGGGCCCCACUGCAGCCGCUGCCAGAAGAACCUGUCUUUGCACACUUCCGUGAGGAUCCUUUACCUCUUCCUGGCCCUGCUUCUGGUGGCCGUGGCUGUGCUGGCCUCUCUGGUUUUCAGGAAAGUGGACUCUCUCUCAGAAGACAUCUCCCUGGCCCAGGCCAUUUAUGACAAGAAGCUCGUGUCUAUGCAGGAAAAUCUCCAAGGGCUGGAUCUGAAAGCCCCGAACAAUUGCUCUUUCUGCCAUGAGGCUGGACAGCUGGGGCAGGAGAUCAGAAAGCUGCAGGCAGAGCUGGAAGGAAUUCAGAAGAUGCUUCUGGCUCAGGAGGUUCAGUUGGACCAGACCUCCCAGACCCACGAACUACUCUCCACCACCAGCGGACAAAUCUCCCAGGAGAUGGGUAAUUGCUCCUUCUCCAUCCACCAGAUCAACCAGUCUCUGGGGCUCUUCCUGGCCCAGGUGAGAGGCUGGCAGGCCACCACAGCCGGCCUGGACCUCUCUCUGAAGGACCUCACUCAGGAGUGCUACGACGUCAAGGCUGCAGUGCACCAGAUCAACUUCACUGUGGGGCAGACUUCCGAGUGGAUCCACGGAAUCCGGCGGAAGACAGACGAGGAGACCCUCACCCUCCAGAAGAUGGUCACCGACUGGCAGAACUACACGCGGCUCUUCAGCAGCCUGCGCACCACCUCGGGCAAGACGGGAGAAGCGGUCAAGAACCUCCAGGCCACCCUGGGGACCUCGUCCCAGCGCAUCAGCCAGAAUUCCGAGAGCAUGCACGACCUGGUGCUGCAGGUCAUGGGCUUGCAGCUGCAGCUGGAUAACAUCUCAUCCUUCCUGGAUGACCACGAGGAGAACAUGCAUGACCUGCAGUACCACACCCGCUACGCCCAGAACCGCACGGUGGAGAGAUUUGAGACACUGGAAGGACGCAUGGCUUCCCACGAGAUCGAGAUCGGCACCAUCUUCACAAACAUCAAUGCCACUGACAGCCACGUGUACAGCAUGCUCAAGUACCUGGAUGACGUGCGGCUCUCCUGCACACUGGGCUUCCACACCCAGGCCGAGGAGCUCUACUACCUGAACAAGACCGUCUCCCUCAUGCUGGCCACCACCGACCUGCUCCGGGAGCGCUUCGGCCUGCUCAGCGCCCGCCUGGACUUCAACGUCCGCAACCUGUCCAUGAUCGUGGAGGAGAUGAAGGCUGUGGACACACAGCACGGGGAGAUCCUGCGCAACGUCACCAUCCUACGAGGUGUCCCCGGCCCCCCAGGACCAAGAGGACUCAAGGGAGAUGUGGGCAUUAAAGGGCCUGUUGGCGGCAGAGGACCAAAAGGAGAUCCUGGCAGCUUGGGCCCCCCAGGGCCCCAGGGUCCUCAGGGACAGCCUGGGGACACCGGGCCUGUGGGAGAAAGGGGGCCGGUUGGCCUGCGAGGUUUCCCAGGCCUCAAAGGCUCGAAGGGCAGCUUUGGAACUGGAGGCCCAAGAGGACAGCCAGGCCCCAAAGGGGACGUGGGGCCCCCAGGGCCAGUGGGGCCCCCAGGGUCUCCAGGGCCAGAGGGGCCUCAGGGAAAACCGGGGAUCGCUGGAAAGACAGGGUCACCAGGCCAGCGGGGGCCCAUGGGGCCAAAGGGCGAACCAGGGAUCCAGGGUCCCCCGGGCCUCCCCGGGCCCCCAGGCCCACCAGGAAGCCAGAGCCACUACUGAGGAGGGGCCAAGUCCCACACAUUGCCACGCAGAAGGUGGGAAGGGUGCUCAGUUGGAGAGAGACCCCCCCCAAAAGCCACACCUACAGACAUUGUCGUCCUUUGGUCCCAAAAGGGGUUCCCCCAGGCCUGACCCCGCACCUCCAGGCUCCCAGUAGCGACUAUGCCAUAGAAAGCAGCCCCUUACACACACACACACACACACACACGCACGUGCGCACACGCACACGGGCAGACACGCACAUUUCCCUGCUGGUCGGGGGCUGACUGGGUUUCCCUGGCUCGGCGGGAGGAGAGGGCAGGAGAAGCCCCUCUCCUGUGACUGAGCCUGCCAGGGAGGUGGCUACCUCGGGGGGAUGGUCUUGACUCUAGCUCUGAACUGGUGACCAACACCAGUCUUUCUAGUAUCUUCACACCCAUCCUAGCUGGCCGGCAGUUCCCUGAGGGUCCCAGGGUGGAAAAGACCCAGGAAGACCUUUGCGGGGGAUUAUGGUUCAAGCUCUAGGGACAAGGUGGGUUUGGCAACCACAAGACCCUGCUUGUAACCAUGGGAGCAGAGUCCCGGGAGCUGCCCCUGCCUCACAGAGGACAGAGCAACUCCACCUGGGCCCUGAGCACUGCUCCUUCAGGAGUUCAGCAUCUUUUUCCACGUCUCCAGAAAAUUCCUCGCUUCAUCCUUGCAUCUGCCUCUCAGGAGCAUCCCAGGAGGAAUCCAAGCAGAAGUGUCAUCUGUACUGGGACACUCUCCAGGCCCUGGAACAUUCUACCAAAGUGGAGUCCAGCCCCCGGGAAGCUGGAGGAGGAGGAGGCUGCAGUCACUGCCUGUCUACGAAGCUGACUCCCUUGCUCCACUGGGGGCCCCGCUCCAAUCCUGGAGUAGCCCAUCUGUAGUGACUGGGGGAGGGCCGACCCCUGGGAACAGGGCAGCGCUCCCGUCCCCCACCGGCUCUCCUCCUGCCCUGCUGACCUCACCCCACCGUUACCUAGAAUGGCCCGAGGCCUCUCUGCACUGCACAGGCAGCACCACCAGAUGAGGGAGUGGGGCCGCAUCGCCCUCUGAGGUCACCCCUCCCCCACCUCCAUCUUCCUGCACAGCCGGCUGCAAGAAGUGCUGGGACAUCCCCAGCAGGGCAAACGCGCAGUGAAGCUGCCCUUGCUUUGUGUUCUAACAGAUAACGAACCCCCCCUGGGGUGGGGGCUUGCAGCUGUCUCCUUCCCAGUCUGACCCAGCGGCCAGCCCCUUCCCCAUUCCAGAAGCCUUAUACCCCCCUUUCUUGUAGCAGGUGUGCAACUGGCUUGCACUCCCUCUGCCCCCACUGCCAUGUAGUUCUCCUGUCUACAUAUGAUAUCAUGCCACAUAAUAUCACUGAUGCAGUAAAAAACUGUUCCCAGGAGGGAGGUGUCUUCUGGUCCUUUCUGCCUGACCAGGGCCGUGAUACCUUCAGGGGCUCUGCUUACCUGGCCUUUGAAGGGGAACCAGUGGACGAGGGGUCCCUUAGAUACUCCGUCCCACUGUGGAGUCCAGGUCUGAACUCCCAGAGAACCCCAGGGAGAACCCCUCACUCCGGAAACACUGAGCUCUGCUGGGAGUUCCCGGUGGUCCUGCAGGGGCCAGGGACCAAGGGGGGCUGAGGGAGUUACCCACAGCGAGCAGAAACCCAGGGGAAGCAAGGUGAGCUUACUAACCUCGCAGCAGGGCCCUAGAGCUCUUGGGCUAAGACAAGAUUGGAAAAUGAGACAGGACACCUGAGUGAUGCCCCCUGCUCCCCCAUCUUGUCUCUAGGAUGAGGCAAUAAAAUAGGAAAAAAAAUGGGGGGGAGACCAGACGUGCCCCAGAGAACCUAGCCCUCCAGGGUGGACAGGAAACAAAGACCAGCUGGGUCCUCUGUGAAUCAGCUGGGCCUGUUCUUGGAAUCAGGGGUGCGUGAGGGGGCUGUGCCCUUGGCCGGCUCUCAAGGCAUAUGUCUUAGUCUGUUCAGACUGCUAGAACAGAAUACCACAGACUGGGCGACUUCUAAACAGCAGAAACAACGUAAAUGAUGAAGGUCAUCCACCUUCAUGACCUAAUCCCGUCCCAGAGGCCCCACCUCCUGAUCGCAUCACGUUGGGAGGUUAGGUCUCAACAUAGAAAUUUGUGGUAGGACACAAACAUUCAGACUAUGUAGCAUAGUAACCUCAUUUGUCAGUAAAAC